UUUGCUUCUUCCAGCGUAGCUGUAGCUUCCCCCGACGGCCCGGGACUCCUGGUCUCCAUUCGCUACCUGGAGAGGCCAGUCGAUCUAUAGUGUCGCGUUUGGCCAUGUUUCUGCCGUUGUGUGCCGGGCAGUCUGACCAGGACUCGUGAGGAACAUUAUUGUAUGGCCUGGCGAGCGAGAGACAGAUGAACCCAUCAUCCAUCACUAAGAGGAGACAGUCGGGGAUAGCGACGGGGAGGACGGCAAAGUCUACGGCUGGGAAAGAGGCUUCGAGAAGAUGGAAGAACUGAGUCAAGCCCUAGCUGGUAGCUUUUCUGUGUCUCAAGAACUGAAUAGCACAGCUGCCCCACACCCUCGCCUAUCCCAGUACAAGUCCAAGUACUGUUCCUUGGAACAAAGUGAGCGGCGCCGCCAGUUGCUAGAACUACAGAAAUCCAAGCGGUUGGAUUAUGUGAACCAUGCCAGAAGACUGGCUGAAGAUGACUGGACAGGGAUGGAGAGUGGGGAAGAAGAUAAGAAAGAUGAAGAAGAAAUGGACAUUGACCCUGGCAAGAAGCUACCAAAACGCUAUGCUAAUCAAUUGAUGCUUUCUGAGUGGUUAAUUGAUGUCCCUUCAGAUCUGGGGCAAGAAUGGAUUGUGGUUGUGUGUCCUGUUGGGAAAAGAGCUCUUAUCGUAGCCUCCAGGGGUUCAACCAGUGCCUACACCAAGAGUGGCUACUGUGUCAAUAGGUUUUCAUCCCUUCUGCCAGGGGGCAACAGGAGAAACUCAACAACAGCCAAAGACUACACCAUUCUGGACUGCAUUUACAGUGAGGUGAACCAGACCUACUAUGUCUUGGAUGUGAUGUGCUGGCGUGGACACCCUGUUUAUGACUGUCAGACCGAUUUCCGAUUCUACUGGAUGCACUCAAAGUUACCAGAAGAAGAAGGACUUGGAGAGAAAACCAAGAUUAAUCCUUUUAAAUUUGUGGGGUUAAAGAAUUUCCCGUGUACCCCUGAGAGCCUGUGUAAGGUGCUGUCUAUGGAUUUUCCUUUUGAGGUAGAUGGACUUCUCUUCUACCAUAAACAGACACACUAUAGCCCUGGGAGUACUCCCUUAGUGGGCUGGCUGCGCCCCUACAUGGUGUCAGAUAUUCUAGGUGUAGCAGUGCCAGCUGGUCCACUGACCACCAAGCCAGAAUAUGCUGGUCACCAGCUCCAACAGAUUAUUGAGCACAAGAGGAGCCAGGAGGACAUGAAGGAUAAACUCACACACAAGGCUUCUGAGAAUGGACACUAUGAACUGGAGCACCUGUCUACUCCCAAGUUGAAGAGUGCCCCCCACAGCCCUGGGAACCUCAUGGACAACUAAAGAGGACAGCCCACAAAAGACUGGGGAAGAGGACAGUGGGGAUAGCAAUAGGAGACCUUAUUUCAGAGUGCACUUUCCAAACACACCCCACUAGAAACAGCUUGGCCCCUGUAUGGGAUGUUGGCUCGGACUUGGGGUAUGGGUCCCUAUUGGGUAGAGUUGGAAUCCAGAUAGAUUUGAUUAUCUCUUUGCUGUGGUAUGUAUAUCCCAGGUCCACAAUGUAAAUAUAUGCAAUUCUUAA